AUGACGCGAGUCAUCGCGACGCUGCUGAGCGUCCUACUCGCGACGAUCCUCGCGUCCGCGUCCGCGUCGUCGCCGCCGCCGUCGCGGGGCUUGGAAGCCAUGGGCGCCGCCGCGUGCGCGGAGACGGAGGCGUUCUGCGAGAAGACCAUCUUACGCGCGCUGCGCGAGGACGCGAAGCUCCGCGCCUUCUUAGAGGACGUCCGACAGCGCGCGAUGUACCACUCCCCGGGCGACCUCGCCGGGUACGCGCACGCGGUCCCGAAUCCGACGAGCUUGCGGUUCCCGGAGCAGCUCGCGCUCGGGUGCUGCCUCGCCGCGGGGGAGUGCAAGACCGAUCUCCAGUACGCCGCGCCCGCGGACGGACCGGAAGAGACCGAGGAGGAGGAGGCGGAGGCGAUCGCGCGCGGAGAAGCGGACGCGAGGCGCGCCGCGGGGGAGAUUCUCCUCGCCGCGGCGUCGCACGAGGACGCGGGGAAGAUGCCCGCGGUGCAACUGCUGGGCGCGAACGCGCACGCGUGCGCGCCGCCGGCGGGCGAGUCCCGGUGCGGCGCCAAACUCGUGGACGCGUACAGAAGAGCCGGGAACGCCGGGUACGAGGUCGGGAACUUGCGCGCGGGCGAGGCGCUUCUCGCGCGAUUCAGCGGGUCGCUCAUCGCGGACGAGACCCUCGGGUGCCCGAGGGCGGACGCGAGGAACGAAGCCGGGGAUUUCGCGGACGCGGCGACGGCGCGCGCGUUGUUUAAGCAACUCUUAGCCUCGAACGAGCACGAUAAGAGAGCGUCGAAGCGGCUGAAGGAGCUGCGAGAGGCGGAGGAUCGCGUCGCGAGCGGGGACGGUCCGUCCGGGAAGCCGGACUUGGCGUACGCCGCCGCGGACGCGCUCGUGAACGCGGUGUUGAAGGGCGUCUUCGUGAUCGUCGUCGUCGUCGUCCCGUCGUUUUUGGCGAGGAACACGCGCUUCGCGCGCGCGGUCAGGGACGUCGCGUGGCGGUACAGCGGGUGCGCGAUGAUCGCGAGGCAGUUCCGACGCGAGCUCGAGUUCUUCAGGUUCGCGAAGCCGAGGGUGGUGAACGGCGGCCGAGCCGCGGCGCGCGUGGAGCGGCGACAGAGCGCGAAGAAGACGGCGAAGGCGGUGAUGAAGGAGGUCAUGAAAGCCGAGGCGAAGAAGAGCCUCUGA